AUGAAUAAGAUUAUGCUAUCCUUCAAAAACACUUAAAAAUAAAACCAAUUUUUCGUUGAUCAACUUCCCAUGUUAACCUUUUUUUAUGAACGAGUGUGCGUAUUUGGCUCAAUUAGCGCAAUCAUCAUUUUCUCCUUGGAGUUCGUUUACCCUAUAGGGUUUGGAAGAAGUAAAUAUUUCAUCAUUUGUUUACCGCUGAUCUUUUUGAUGACUUUUAAACUAAUAAAAAAGCAUCCAAAGCUAUUUAACUACAUCAUACCAUUUAACAACCUUUUAAUUGGUUUAAUAUACAAUGUUACAGUCCUAUUUGAUUUAAUUCCAGACCUAAAUUUGAUGAUAGGAUAAACAGUUGUUUUGGUGCAGUUCAGUUUACUUUUGGGGUCAAACUUUGCACUCAAUAUGGCAAUUAUAAUAUUUAACUUUACUACUUUAGUUCUAGUGUAGACAAUAGUUUAGAACUCGUUUAAUGGAAAUUAAGUUAUGUUGAUAUUAGCUCUUAUUUUAACCUGCUUGUCAUACUAUUCAAAUGAAUAUCAAAAAAGAGAGUUCUUCUUACUAAAACAAAGAAACGAAGUCCAAUAUGGUAGUCUAAUUGAGCAAUUUGGUAUAUAGGUGUUCAAAGUCAAAUAUGACAGAAAAACAAAUUUCCUAAAAUUAGAAUCUUAAAAUUAAACCACAAUCGGAUUCAACUUCUCCUCUCAAGAGGAUUUCAGGAAGUUCAUCAGAUAAAUUCUGAUCCCCAAAUAGCAGAGACCAGCAGUGUUAUAAACAAAAAUUUCAUCCUCAAGAGUAAGAAGUGAUUGCUUAUUUUAGAACUCCCAAAUUAGAUUAACUCGAAAUACAUUUCCAAAUUUAGACAGCUCUGAAACUCUUGAGUAAAUACUUCAUAAAUCAUUAACUAAAUAAAAAUCCGAUCAUUUUGAAUUCUUGCAGGGUUACGACUUCAAUGAGAAAUGCGAUUAUAAAAUAAAAAUCUUACAUACUAUCGAAAAAGGAGAAGCCAAAGCUAUCGUAUUACUUUAAUAGAAUGAAAUUAAAAAAGAAUUUAUUAAGGUUAAAUAACAGCGAGAUAGCUUUAGGAAGAUCAUUACUUAAUUUCAAAAAUUAUUUGAAAUUCGAAUUAAAUAAAUGAGUUCACUUAUAACUUCUAGAGGAUUACAGUAAAAAUCUAUUUUGUUGUCUGAAGUAAACUUUCGAUUACUUCAAUUCAUUUCAGAAUAUUUUUCGAUUUGUAUCAAUAAUAACGAUAUUCCAUAAUUAAAAAUUUCUACUAUUAACAUUCAAAGCCUAAUACAAUAGAUAGAGAAUCCACUAAGAGAUUAUUUAAAUUAUCAAUAGAUUAAACUUUCUUAUCAAACUGAACACAAUUUAAUUAUUACUAAUAAUACUUAUUUGAUUACUCAUUUAAUUUUAAGUUUAUUGUGCUUCCUUAUUGAAAAAUCUCCAUUUUCAAUAACUUUAAUUAUAAAUCAGAAGCAUGAAACUGGGUUUAAAUUGGAGAAUGUGGAUGAAGUUGUGAUCAAAAUACAUGCUCAGUAUAGCGGAACUAUCAAGAAAGUAUUUGAGAUAGAGUGUUUCAAUAGAAUGAUCACAAAGGUAAUCAAGAUUAUUGGUCCCAGUGGUAAAUUCAUAUUAAAGUAAAGUGAUAAUCAGUUUGGUUAGGAAAUCACUUUUGAAGGUGUAAUCUUUAAGAAUUUAAGCUCAUUUAAAGCAAGCCUAUAAAAUCUUUGA